GUACGUGUAAAAAUUUUGCACUAGCCGAAUACUUGUCGUUGCACUGGACCAAAAGUAGACGCAAUCUGAUAGAGACGAAGAAGCCUGUCAAUAGCUCUUCCUUCCGCAACGCGCAGCCAUGAGCUUCGACCCAACAGGCGACCCGAACUGCUUCUCGCUGUUCGUGGGCGACCUGCCUCCGGAGGUCCAUGACCACUUUUUGGAGUCGUUCUUUAGGCAGUACUUUCCCUCCGUGCGGAGCGCCAAGGUCAUGAUGGACAACAUCACGGGGCGGUCAAAGGGCUUUGGAUUCGUGCGCUUCGCCGUGGAGGGCGAGCGCGACCGCGCGCUGAACGAGAUGAACGGCGUGUUCAUUUCCAGCCGCCAGGUGCGGGUGUCUCUGGCCACGCCGCGGCCAGCCGCACCUGGCGGGCCCGGCGGCGGCCGGCCGGGCGGCGGCUCCGGGCUGCCCGGCGAGCUGGACCCGCAGAACACCACGCUGUUCGUGGGUGGGCUGUCAGCGCACGUGAGCGAGGACGCGCUGCGGGGCGUGUUCGGGCGGUACGGCGAGAUCAGCUACGUCAAGAUCCCGCCGGGCAAGGGCUGCGGCUUCGUGCACUUCGCGGACCGGCAGGCGGCUGAGUACGCCAUGCAGGAGGUGAACGGGACCAUCAUCGGCGGCUCGGCGGUGCGCAUCUCGUGGGGCAAGAGCACAGGCAAGGUGUACGGCGGCGGCGGCGGCGGCGGUGGCGGUGGCGGUGGUGGCUACGGCGGCGGCUACGGCGGCGGCUACGGUGGUGGCGGUGGCGGCGGCGGGUACGGCGGCGGCUAUGAUGGACAGUACGGCGGCGGCGGUUACGGCGGCGGCUAUGACUCGUACGGCGGCGGCGGUAACUACGGCGGCAACUACUCGAACUACUACAACAGCAACGGGCAAGGCCAGGGCCAGGGCGGCUCGGGCGGCGGCUCGGGCGGUCAGGGGUCGAGCUCGGUGUGGGACCCCGUCAAGGGCGUCAACGUGGAGAAGAUGAACGCCGCGUACGUGGCACGGCACAUGCCGGGUUACACAGGCAGCUACAUGGGCCUGGUCACCAUCAGCUGAGGCUGAGGGGGAGCUGGGGAGAUGCAGGGGCGGGGGGUGGGGGGUGGGGGUGGGGGGAGUGGAUGGGGAGGAGGAGGUGGUGUGUGCGUGGUGGUGGCAGGUGUGGGUGUGGAGGUUGUGCAGCAUGGUGACUGCGGCUCGGGGCCUAGGUGGGUGCAUCGCUUCGCCUGUGCGUGUGUCGAGACGUAUGGUUGAUUGGUAAUAGGAUAGCAUAGCGUGCGCACGAGGCGUACGAGCGCGCAGCUUGUUUCAGGAGGAAACCGUGGCACGCAUGCGUCCUUCGAACUCGGACUCAGUUUUCGCCUGAAUGCUUCAAGAACCUACACAAGCACUGUCUGCAUAUGUAACGUGCCAAAGCG